CGGUUGGGCUAGUUUUUUAUUUGAACCCAUUGAAUUUCAUUUGUUUAGCCGUUGCUGUUGAGCUUGAGCGUACUGUGUAGUGAGUUUUAAAUUUGAAUUGGAAUGUAUCGUUAAUUAUUAUAAUAAAUUACUGAUCUUAUAUAGUUUUACUUUGCUUGCUACUGAUGCCGUAACAGAAGGGUAUCGAUGGCUGAACUAAAUGACUCGGCAGAUGUUUUCGCCAACAGCAGUGUUGAAACUAUCAAAGAGAACUUUGAUUAUACCGAUUUUGUUGCUGAGGCAAGGAAACCGCCUUGCUUACCAUUCAUGGAUGACAGUCGCUUUGAUGACUUUCGAGGGCAAGUUUUCACAUCAUCUCCAAUUUCACCUCAGAACCAGAUACUUCCAGAUGCUGAUAACAUAAGCUUCAUAGCUAAUCAGUUUGUCUCUGAAGCUUGCAAUGUACCAGUCAUACUGUACUGUCCGUUUUGUUGCUUCACUUGCCACUUUGAGUUUAUUUUCAAAGAUCACAUAAAAAAUUCACAUCCCAGUGAAAUAAUGAAUAUCAUCAGAAGUAACAGUUUUUAUAUUGAGUUUCAUGCUUGCCCAUUUUGUCAUGCUAAAUUCUAUGUGAAAGAUUUAUUACCAAAACAUGUUUUAUCCAAGCAUGAAGAUUCAGUGAUUUUUACAGGGUUAGGUCGGAACAAUUAUGCUCAGUGUAGGUUUUGUUCUUUUAAGCUAUUGAGGAAACAUAUUAAAAGAUUAGUGAUGCAUGUGGAGAAAAAGCAUGUUUCUGAAUUUGAAAACUUUCUUAAAAGUCAAAAUACAAGUGUAGCUUUGAGUUCAAAAGAUAUGAAGUUUUUUUGUGAGGACAUAGAAAUGCAAUGUGCAUCAAAUGUUGGUAAGAAGCUAGAAAAAAUGACAGCAGAAGAAAAAGUCAAAAGGAUUAAAUCCAUUUUAAAACCUUCAAAAGUAAACUCACAAUGUGAUACACCUCAAAACCAGUCUAUAAACAGUCUGACUCUAAAUAAUGGAAGUUAUGAGGCAAUUAGAAUCCAAAAUAGUGCUCGUCGAAAACUGCGAUUUGAUAUACCUGAAUCUAUGGAUGAGGACAAAGAGAAUAAUUUAAUACCUAACCAACCCAUUAAAGUGAAGAAAAAUAAAGUAAAAUGGUUUUCUUUGUUUAAGAAGGAAAAGAGACAGCUGUAUCAGUCUUCUUCACCAGUAUUCAAACCGAACAUGACGCCUCCAAAGAAUCCUUGUGAGAAGACUACAUCUUUCUUUACGAAGUUCCACCUGGAGCAUGAUGGAGUGAGUCCAUUAACUACUAACCACUUCAAGUGUGGUUUGUGUUAUGAAGAUUUUGAAAACAAUGCUCAGCUCUUGAACCACUUACAAUGUCAGCACAAGGGUCUCAGCCUAAGUGCUCAAUAUCGUUGUGGUGCGUGCAAUGCUAAGUUCUACAGGAACAGUUACUUAGUGCGUCAUUGUUGGUUUCAUCACACACCCUUGUGUCUGAAAACAAAUGGACAGUCUGAUGAUAAAUAACAUUGUUUUUUUAUAACAAAAGUUCUCAAAUGACAAAGAUAAAAUAUAGGGCGAUGUCUAAAACUGUGUAAAACACAGCUUAGUGAAUAAUUUUAAACCACAUUAUUCCUUCACUAUGCCAGAAUGUACAACAUUCCAUAUAGUUAUAACUCAGCCUCUAUUAGAGAACAUGAGUUAACGAAGACAGACAAGAAAAACCAUCAGGUAAAAAAAAUUUCGUCAACAGAAGAACACAGUUCUAAAACCAAACAUGCAAUAAAAUUGGACAAAACAAAAUUACUUACGAAAUUGCAUAUAAAAUAUACUACAACUAACAUUUUUUAGUGUUUAGUUUAGUAUUUAAUUGUUUAGUGAUCAGUACUUACUAUUUCUUUAACAUUGUCUUUACAUUUUGUUGCUUCUUCUUUUAUACUAUCUCUUUCAUUUGUUAUAAGUUAAAUUUAAGAUACAUUAUUUAUAGUUUUAAUACCUAAAAUCAAAUUUGUUUUAAUAUGGUUAUUAUUAACAAAAUAGUACCUGUAAUUCUAUACCAAAGUUUCAUCAGGGCAUAUGUAAGAAAUUACUUAUUUUUGCUGAAAACUAGUCAUAUACCUUACUGAAAUACUUAUUGCACUGUUUAUGUUUUGAAAAAUAAAGUUUGAAUUUCAAUAGGCUAAUUUUGAAAAGAAUUCAACUAUUUUUUAACUACUGUAAUUAAAAACUAAUGUUCACAAUCAUGUGUUUUAAAAUGUGAACUGUAAUCUAUGGUUUUCAUAAAUAAAUAUAUAUAUAUAUAUAUAUCUGUUUGUAUUUACUAAUCCUUAAAAUAAGGUAUGUAUAUAAGUAGAGUUUAAAGUUUAUCAACACUACUAAUAACCUAUUUAUCUUGUAUUGUAUCAGAUACAUUUUGCAAAAAUUUACUUUUAAACUCUUGGAACAUUUAACAAAGAACCAGUAACUAAACCUAUUAGCUAAAGUUAAAACAAUAACUGCUUUAAAUUGAACUUAGUAAGAAGAUUUGACCAGUUGCAUCUUGGAUGAGUCUGGGCCAGUAUCGAUCAACUAAGAGUUUUAAGAUGCAACUGAUUGUAUUGAAGUAAAAUUUUAAUCUAGAAUACCGCAAAAUAUAUACUUAAAAUUACACUAGUCUGAAGAUUAUCAUAUGAAGUUGUAUGAAAUCAGCAUAAUACAUUGAGAAGGAAAUAGUUUUAAAAGAGAAUUGGAAUGAUCGGAGUGCCCAUUAUGGUGGCCUCUGCACAGUAUCGCUUCUCAUGUCACCAACACACAACACUAUACUAUCACCUCGGCAACCUCCCUAAGACAUCUGUCAGAUUCUUAAGGUCCUACGAUAUUAGGUGUUACACUUAUAGAUGUAACAUAAUUACUUACUCUCAAAUAAGUAAUUAUGAGAGUAGGAACAUUUUAUUUAUUUCCCUGAUCUAUAGUCUGUGCUUUCCGCACUGGGCUCUUGGAAACGGUGUGCACUCACACUAGUCCUGCUUGCUUGUAUCUUUGGUUAGUUAUAUCCUCCAUCCUCUUCACAUGAAAAUCCAAAUCACCCUUUCCUUUGAUUCUUUAAACAAAUGGUUGCAAAUAGCUGCAGGCAAAUCAUAUGGUUACGGAUCUAUGAUUAACCAGUGGUGCUCCUCAAAAACCUCGUCUUGUAUGUUUACAACUUGCUCUUGUUCCUUUAUUUAAGCCUCUCCUCUGAAGAGUAUAGUUAACAAAUACAUCAAACAUUGUUACAGCUUAUUCAUUUAAUUCGUUGAUUGGUCUAGUGAAUUUUGUGUUUGAAAGAUGAUUGAAGAGGUAUCAGUUCAGUCCUGUCACUGGGGCAUUACUCAAAUUUGGCACUACUUUCCAUCAAUACAAUACGAGACCCAAUCACAGAGGAAGUAAACCUCCACUUGUCUCUGCCAGUAGCGUUGUGAUAUAUUGAUUGUACUUACCCUUGAAUUGAAACUCACCACAGAAUGUAUCUAGUAACCCAUGCAUCACCUAUUUUUGUACCUCCUCUACUACAAUUCUUCAUACUGUCAGAUCAUCAGCAAAUGUCAUCAUAUGGAUCUUCUCUUACCUGAACCUCCUUGUGAACCCACAAGGCUGACAAGACAUUGAUUUUUCGGCUCAUUCCAAAUUACUUCAAGAUUGACAAGAGAAAAAUAAAGUUAAUCAUAUUGGUUAUUAUAAUGGGAGUGAAAAAAUUGUUCUUAUUGCAAUAUUUUUUGGUAGUGUAUUGCUUAAUAAUUUAUCUGUUCACUUUGUUUUACAUUUCUGCAAAGAAGUGAUUUUUUUAAUGAGCCCCAUAAAGACAGUAUUGCAACACCUACAAAACACUCAUCUUCUUUAAGUUGUACAUAGAAUAGCAUAAUAAUUAACACUUCAAUUCUGUAUCAGAGCUGUACUACAGAAAGGUUACCACAUUUUAGGUUACUUUUGUACAUUUUUGAAUUUCCAAUUCCAUUAUAUUAGUAGUUAGUACGAUACACUGGUGGUGAAUAGAAAAUACUAACAGCUUUAUAUUAUUUAAUUAUAUAUUAGUAUCACAAUAGUUUUAACAUUAGUAGAAAUGAUUUACUAACUCUUGAAGCAUGAAUGACGUAACAAAAUAAUCAAGAAUAUAAGCACUAAUAGAAUCAAAUUUCAAGACUAUCAGUUUAGGAUUUUAUAAUUUUAAAUAAUAAAUUAAUUGCCUUUAUGCAACUGACAAAUAUCACAGUACUAGUAUUUGAUUUUCUGGUUGGAGGCGUCCGUGGCCCUCAUGUUUGUUAUAGAGAGCUGCCACAGGGCCACGGAAGUCUCCAUCAAUCAGCCUGUUUAAAUUUAUAUUGUAAUAUUUUACACUACUAAUAUGAAUAAAGGUUUACCAAAUAA